ACUAAUCAUGUUUGUUUCCACUAGUUGUAAGUAUCCAUUUAAACCUGUUUUAACAGCGAUUUAAAGAAAUGAUAGCUCACUUAUCUAAUUAGUUUGUGUGUCUUUGGUGCCAUCUUCUGGUUAGAGAUUGUACUGCAAUCUGAUUAACUGAUGGGCAUCACAAAUAAAAUGUAUAUAUAAAUAUAUAUAUUUAUUAGUUUUUGUUUUGAGGUGUUGUAUUUUUGACUACUGAAAGCACCAUAGUUAGAUUAUUACCAAAAGCCAAGAAUGCGAAGUGAAAUAAUUGUCUAACUCAUAACUUCUUGUUAUUUCACUGUAAAACAUUACCUUAGUUGAGUCCUUCCUUCACUCACGUUAGCUCCCACAGCACACCCUCACCUGCCGUGCCUUUUCCCUUUGGUUUUAUGGCAGCGGGUUACUGUUUAACGCAUCCCCACCCAGCGCUGAGUUUGUUUAGUAAAUCGAUCUAAUGACGGGGCUAUGGUUGGCGCCAUCAAAUGUGUCGCAGCAUGAAUUAUAGACCACUCACUUCUCCCAACAUUUCCUUUCAAUGCUCUUGCACACCUUUCGCACUCCCUGAUUUUCAAUGCUUGUUAGAUAGACUUUUGUUGCGCUAAACCGUUCCCACCCAGGGCGCAAUUCUUUGGCUACACUUGGAUUUUAAAUGCACAUAACAGAAGAAAACAGGCGCAAAGACAGCAUGCCUACAGAGCUGGGGGUGCCUGGUGCAGACGGGAUGAGCAGUAACUGUGCCAUAUGUGGAGACAAGGCCACAGGCAAACACUAUGGGGCCUCCAGCUGUGAUGGCUGCAAGGGCUUCUUCAGGAGGUCCAUACGCAAGAGUCACAUCUACACCUGCAGGUUCAACCGACAGUGCAUUGUGGACAAAGAUAAGAGGAACCAAUGCCGUUUCUGCAGACUUAACAAAUGCUUCAGGGCUGGAAUGAAGAAAGAAGCUGUACAGAAUGAAAGAGAUCGGAUAAGCUCAAGAAGAACUAUCCAAGAUCAAUCACAAGACCUUCCACCUAUAACUAUUCUGGCUCAAGCUGAAUCACUAUCGCAACAGAUCACAGCUCCAGUGGUCCUGGGGGACUUGGCAGAGCAGAAGUCAGCCUCAGUUUCAGAUGUAUGUGACUCUAUGAGGCAGCAGCUCUUGGUGUUGGUGGAGUGGGCAAAAUACAUUCCUGCAUUUGGUGAAUUACCUUUGGAUGACCAGGUUAGCCUCCUCAGAGCCCAUGCGGGGGAACACCUCUUGCUUGGGGUCGCCAAGAGGUCAAUGCCGUUCAAGGACUUUCUGCUCUUAGGUAACGGGUGCGUGAUUCACAGAAACAGUCCAGAGGCAGAGAUUUCUCGAGUGGCCAAUCGAGUCCUGGAUGAGUUGGUUCAGCCUUUCCAAGAUAUUCAGAUUGAUGAAAACGAAUAUGCCGCACUUAAAGCUAUUGUCUUCUUUGACCCAGAUGCAAAGUCUUUAAGGGACCCAUCCAAAAUCAAGGCCAUGAGACUGCAGGUCCAGAUGAGCCUGGAAGACUACAUUAAUGACCGCCAGUACGACUCCAGAGGUCGCUUUGGGGAGCUGUUACUGCUGCUGCCCACCGUACAGAGCAUCACGUGGCAGAUGAUCGAACAGCUUCAGUUCAUUAAGCUCUGUGGCCUAGCCAAGAUAGACAACCUUCUGCAGGAGAUGCUGCUGGGAGGGUUUACGACAGAAUCGGCCCACCUGCACCACCCCACUCACACCCAGCUGGCACAGGACCCUGUGACGGGACACACUCUGGUCAUCAGUGCUAUGCCUGUAACACACUCUGCACAGCUAGCCUCUCCGGACACGCCCAUCCCCUCUCCUCCGCAGGGUCCGACUACUGCAGAGAUGUACAAGCCCUUCUCCGCGCCCCUCUGUCCCCCCACCAGCCCCUCCCCCUCCGCUCAGCCCGACUCCUGACUUCUUCUCUGCUCUCUGCCAACGCGCUGAUAUUUCCCCCUCUCAUUUAUCAUCCCAGUCAUGGUGGAAAAUGAUGAAAGUAAAGCGUGUUUGGAGAGUGCGGUCAGGGGUCGUAAUGCAGCGACUCCCAUCAGGCGCACAACAAUAAGUAAAAUGUAAUUAAAGCCGCUAUGUGUAGCAAUCUCCCAACUUCAGCAUGUCACUGUUUCAAUGAGGGGGAAUAAUGGAACAGCUCACCAGGGUUUAACAUAACAAGCUAGACAUUUUUGUGGUCUCAUUAACCUAAAACACUACUCUGUGUCUCGACUUUCCUCUCACAAAAGAGGUACACAGUAACUACUGAUACUUUUACUUAAGUAAUUUAUUACAUUUUGUAAGUGCAUUAAAGAAGUUUAUUGUUUAAACUUAUGCAACUUAUGACUUUAAGGAAACAAGAUUACAACUUUUUUAGAGCAUUUCACAAUCUGUUUUUGAUAGUCAGUGUAAGUAAAAUGUGUUUUAUCAAGUUUAUUUUUGUUAUUAAUUUAAUCAACAAAUGUAUUGGUGCAUUUUUGCAUUAUAGUUAUUAUUUUAGUGCCUUAAAUCCAUGUAAAAAAAAUCAUAUGUACAUUUGAAAAGAGAUGUUAAUCAAAAGCUGUGUAUAUUGUAUACUUUUUAUUUAAUUUAGUAAUUUUUGUGUUUAGGGAAUACAGCUAUUGAACUGAGCCACAUUUUUGUUGUGUACUUACAAUCAGUUUGAAGAGUGUAGCUCCACUAACAUAAACACACUGCCAAAAUAAUUUAACCAGGAUUUUAAAUAUUUAAGUCAAUUUAUUUAUUAUCAAUUUAUUCAUUUAUCUCAUUAUUUUUGCUUUUAUUGAGUAAAGUUUUGAAUAAGUACAAUAUCUUGGAGCAUCCUUCUUUUUUUGUUCAUUGAUUGUUAACAAUUGUUUUGUUAUUUUGUCCAAACAUUGCAAAUAGUGAGAUCGAAAAAGAGAUGUCCCUUUGCAAUUUUCAACCAGUCAGACACCGAAUCAUUUUUAAAUGCAUUCUUUUUCCUCACAUUCCUAAAAUAUCAACACAAU